UCGAAUUUUUGCUGUGUCAAGGGCGCGAGUCAUGAUGAUGACGUAACUGACGCAGCUUUUUUAGGUUAUCCAUUAGGCUACAGGUCGGUGAGAGAGGUGCAUUUUAUUGUGUUAAAAUGGCGGAAAAAGAGCGUGAGGUCUCAGAGUCGGAGAGAAUCUUGCUUACACCAAAACAUCUUAGAAGUGCUGUGUGGCGUUUCUUUGGUUUCUGGAGUGUCAAAGGAGAAAUCAUUGACAAAACCAAUGUCAUUUGUAAGCUGUGUAAGAAACCGCUGCUAUAUCACUCCACAACGACUAACUUGCGAACGCACAUGCAAUCGUGUCAUCCCGAGGAGUUUUCUCGAGAGUGCAAUGAGGAGGGUCCAGCAUUAAAGCAGUCCCGGGUAACUACGUUUUACACCUCAAAUACCACACCACUACCUUCUGCAAAACAAGAAGAAAUUACCCAAAAACUUACUGAAUUCAUCUGCAAAGAUAUGCGCCCGAUAAGCAUCGUUGAUGGCGAAGGCUUUCAAAACUUCGUGCGAGCACUCAACCCACGUUAUAAUUUUCCUUCUCGGGGUACAGUGAGCAAUCGCAUUGCGAAGCUUUAUGACUGCACUGCCAAAAGCGUGAAAGAAUUGCUGAACAAUCGAUCUGUGGCCUUGACAACGGAUGGAUGGACUUCUCUACACACCGACGCAUAUGUGACAGUCACUGCACAUUUUAUUUCAGAUGACUGGGAAAUCAAAAACUAUGUGCUGAAAACAGAAGAACUGAGAGAAAAGCAUACCGCCGAAAAUGUGAGUGAAUGCAUUUUGCAAAUUCUUGGUGCAUUUGAAAUCAAACCGGAGUCUGUGAUAUCUGUGACUACUGAUAAUGCUGGUAAUUACGUGAAGGCAGUUGAGAGCCAUAUGAAAAGACCGAACAUCCCGUGUUUGGCGCAUACGCUUAAUCUAGCUGUAUGUAAGGGGCUUCGUGGUGUUCGAUCUAUUGAAACAGCAAUUAGCAAACUGAAGAUGACCGCUGCCCAUUUCAGCAAGUCAGCUGUUGACAGCUACCUGCUCGAGAAAAAACAAAAACUGCUUGAAGUAAAAUCGGACAAGCUUAUCAAUGACUGCCCCACCCGUUGGAACAGUACCUACGACAUGAUCAAUCGAGCCCUGGAGCAGCAAGCACCUGUGGCUGCUGUAAUCUUUGAAAAGAAGAUGUCUCACCUGGAGCUGAAUACAAGUGAAUGGGUUCUGAUGGAAAUGGUAAGAACUGGUAUAUUUUAUUUCGGUUUAUUUUUUAUGUAGUUCGUUUAUGUAUUAUUUUUAAUUUAUCAGAUUGUUUAUUUACUGUUUAUUUACAGGUUAAGAAUGUUCUUCAACCUUUUAAGACUGCUACAGAAGCGUUGUCAACAGACAAAUACCCGACUGCGUCUGCUGUCCUUCCGUUGCAACACGUUCUGUUAAUGCAGCUUCAACCAAAUUCUGAUGACAGCUCGGCAGUGAAAGAAAUGAAAAUGAAAAUCGCAGCGGAUCUCCA